AUAAAGGGGUGGGGUUAAGAAAAUGCCUCACCAUAACAAGAAUGAACGCGUGCUCUGACACGAGCUUUACAGGAGUUUGCAGAACUCAGCCCGGUGAGGAGGACCGAGGAAAAAACACCAAUGGCCCGACCAGUGCGAGUUUAAACCAACCGCAGUUUUGACAGCUGGGACUUUUAGACCUAGACAUACUCUCUCUUCGUUGAUAAUGGACCCCAACAAUGAGACCAAGAAGACUCGCACUCUGCUGCCAACCCCCACUCACCUACCAGGCAAUCAUGCUUCUGAAACCCAGAGGCUGACCUCACCCAAAGGACCAGGCUGCAGCUGGCUGGUGGUGAUUGCAGCCGUGUCCGCCUCACUGAGCGGCUUAAUGCUGGGCUAUGAAAUGGGCCUGACCUCUGGGGUCCUGCUGCAGCUGCGGAGCGUCCUCUCUCUCUCCUGCCGAGAACAAGAACUUCUGGUGAGCUCCCAGCUGCUCGGAGCUCUUCUCGUCUGUCUGGCAGGGGGCCCCCUUCUGGAUCGCUACGGCCGCCGCUGCUCUCUGCUCCUGAGCGCCGCCCUGGUGGUCGGAGGGACUAUCGUGCUCGUCGCUUUGACUUCUCUCGUAGCUCUCACGCUGGGCCGCGUGGUGGUCGGAAUGGGGACGUCUCUGUCGGGAACCGCAGCGUGCCUGUACAUUGCAGAGAUCUCGCCGAGGGAGCGGAGGGGCCUGCUGGUCACCCUGUACGAGCUGAUGCUGGUCGUAGGGGUGAUGCUGGGCUUCAGCUGCAGCUACGCCUUCACUACUACGCCGCGCGGCUGGGCGUACACAUUUGGACUUGUGAUUCCUCCUGCACUGCUCCAGAUGGGCGCACUCUUCUUCCUCCCUCCUAGUCCUCGCUUCCUUGUGACUCAGGGCAAAGUGGAGCAGGCGAGAGCGGUGCUGGCGAGGAUGAGGGGCAGAGCUAAGGAAGACGUGGCAGACGAGCUGAGGGACAUCCAGGUUGGACUGAAGGAAGAAUCCGAACACAGUUUCUGGGAGCUGUUCAGUUCCAGGGCAAACCUGCGGUCACGGUUGGUUACGGGCAUGGCCUUAGUGUUUCUCCAGCAGGCCACUGGGCAGCCCAACGUCCUCUCCUACGCCUCGCCGCUCCUCCGCAGCGUCGGCUUCGACAGUGACGAUGCCGCAACCUUGGCCUCCACGGGUUUCGGAGUGGUCAAGGUAGUGGCCACGAUCCCCGCCGUGCUGCUGGUCGACCGCGUGGGGACCAAGCUCUUCCUGUGCGUGGGCGCGAUCGCAAUGGGAACGUCUCUGGCUGCGCUCGGUACUCUGACUCUGCAAAGCCACACUCACCUAACAAGCCUGUGUAAAAGUCAGACUUUAGCGAACCACACAGAUUCACCGUGGGAUUUAAACGGAACCUCAGUAGAACUGGACAGCAGUGAGAUUUUUUCCACUCAGCUCCCCAGCCACUGGAGCGCUGAGGAGGCACAAAGGACUGACGCCGAGACCGACAGGUCUUGGGGCUUGGAUUCAGAAAAAACUCAUGUAGAACUAUCUUCCUCGUUAAAGUGGGCAUCUCUGAUUAGCUUGCUGGUGUACGUGGCUGCCUUCUCGAUUAGCCUCGGACCCAUGGUCUACGUGGUUCUCAGUGAGAUCUUCCCCAUGGGAGUCAGAGGCAGGGCCGUGUCGGUCGUGUCGGCAGUGAACUGGGCCACAAACCUGCUCAUUUCCAUGACUUUUCUCACCAUCACAGAAAAGAUCGGCGUUCCCAAUGUAAUGUUUCUAUACUCCGGUAUGAGUUUUGUCCUGCUGGUUUUCGUCAUCCUUUGCGUUCCUCAGACCAAAGGCCGGACACUGGAGGAGAUAUCAAAAGAGCUGGCAAGCAAGAAGAACUUUGAGGUAAACCUCUUCAGACAGGCGCAGCCUCAGGAGACCCUGAUCAGAAGGAGCCCGUCCACAGAGUGUCCCGCAAAAAUCUAACACCGUUUUUUUUUUUUUUCUCCUGCUGUAACCGGAGACAUUAUCAAAAACAAAACAAUGCCUUGAAAAUAUAGACCAGAUCUUGGUCCCAUCUGUUUAUCCCA